AAUUGCAUAGGCCCGCGCUCCAGAUGCAAAACUUCAGUUUCACACAGCGAGAACCUACCCAAAUCAUUUAAAGCGAUGGUUCUAUAUAUAGGAAUUGGAACGCGGUUGUAAGCUACUGGUUUCCAACGUACACAGAAACGCGCAACAGCGGCCAGAGCAGAAGUAUAAAGGGCAUUCAAAUCGCCAAUGAAACCCGGUUACUAGUGCACCCAUCAGUCACACACUUCGUCGUUUAUUGCGAAUCGAUAGUCUGCUUAGAGGAUCCAAACACAUGAAAGUCGCAGGGUCAAAGGUCGAGACUGUACAGUGGAUGUGUUUUAACGCCGCCUUUGUUAUAGACAAUAGAAUAAGGGUGUUGGUCACAUGCUACGCCACUGCGUCGAUGCAAAGAAGUUAUCACAUAAUUAGAUUUUUUUUAAUUAUUUGAACGAAAGAAAAUAAGCACUGAAGGCAUCUAGUAUUAUUUUUUGUUCAAAUUUUUCGGCCAAUGUAAUCCAAACAAAAAUCAUAGGAAUGUCAAGGAGAAAUAUAUUGGGUUUUAAAUUUAGCCGCUCCCAAAUUCGUGUAUGUUCGGAACUCAUUCGUUUUUAUUCGUGUACCGAUAAGGCGAUUACACCCUUGUCGAUAAUUAUUUUUGUAAAAUAGAAUAGCAAUAAUUUUUAUUUUAACGUUUAUUAUCACUCGGUAAAAUGUCUGGUGAUGGACCUACGCCUCAGGAGGAUUUCGACCACGAAACGGACAGUACCUACAAACCACCACCUGAAAAAACAAUCGAGGAAAUCUUAGCAACCGACCAAGAGGACGAGAGCUUGCGAAAAUACAAACAAGCCCUUCUAGGUCAGGCGGAGUCGGGGACCGUGAUUGUUGAACCUGAUGAUCCUCGAAAGGUGAUAGUGAAAAAAUUGGUUCUGGUCGUCGCCGAUCGACCGGAGGUUUCUCUCGAUUUAACUGGCGACAUUUCCAAGCUGAAGAAAGAGACCUUUGCUAUUAAGGAGGGUAUUUCGUACCGAAUUCGGAUCGAGUUUAUCGUACAAAGAGAGAUCGUUCACGGGUUGAAGUAUGUACAGAAAACAUACAAGUUGGGUCUUCCAGAACCAGUUGAUAAGAUGACGCAUAUGGUCGGAUCGUAUGCUCCAAAGAGUGAGAUGCAAUCAUACACAACACCACCAGAAGAUGCUCCAUCGGGUAUGAUGACCAGAGGUAACUACACGGUACACUCCCUAUUUACCGACGACGAUAAGCACGAACAUCUAAAGUGGGAGUGGAGUUUCGACAUUAAAAAGGAUUGGAAAGAUUAAAAAUCUACCAUUCUUUGUUAAGUGCUAAUAUGAAGAAAUCAAAACCAAAAGUAUUCGCUUCACCCUUUUGUACCUUUUUACCUUUUUGAAACAUUUACAUAAUUAUAGCGAUAAUUACCAACUGUCUGCCUUACCAUUCUAACAUUAUCGACUUAUGCACAACCCAAUAUUGUAGUAAUGCAGACUGCCGUUGAUCAUUUCUAUUGUAAUUCGUUUGCUUGUGUGUACUAUGUUUCUGUGGUUAAGACGGUAUUAAAUGCUCUGUAAGAUAAUAAAAUGUAAUUUUUAUUAAAAAUUUGCUCACAUUAA